GUUUCUACCACCUCUACCCGACGUCCUUCAUUCACGCUAUCCUCAACCUCACGAAAUAAACCUGCGAAUAUAUAUAUAUAUACAUAUAUAUACACAUGAGAAUCCAACCCAACGUUAUAUUAAGAUUCGAGCCUUAAAAACACUUCUGAAACCUUCCCCUUUGUGAGAGGAAUCCAACGGUGAAAGAAUAUUUGGAAACGGUCGUGAAACGAGGGAGAAAAGCUUUGUCGGAGUUCGCCGAAGUGGCCACCGGACUGGUUUUAUGCCGAAGAACGAAGGAACCCCUGCUGCUGCCGCCAGUCCAUUGUUGACCGUCUUCAUCCCAGAAGGAGCCCGAUAGCACCACCAUUUCACGCGUACAUCGAGUCAUAUAGGGAAGGUGAUGAAUCAACAUUACAACCAGUGAAAAGUGGCUACAAUGGUGAAAAGCUUCACCGGUCUUCAAACUUUAAUUCCAUGAUAUACAUGGAGAAGAUUUUCAGUUGGGUCUUCGACCAUAUGACCCCCUAAUUCAUGCCAACGGCAAAAUACACUACUCUCAAACCUUCCCGUGUGCUAAUCCUCGUGCCAAUGGCGAAACGACGAAAGAAAACAAUUGACGAACCUCCCACGCAACACGCACCAGUCCAAGCAAAUAAUGGCGAACAAAAUCAAGUCAGUGAAGCAGAAGAAAUGGCAAAGAGAGAGAAAAUAGAGGACGAAAAUGACGUUGAAAGACAUCAACAAUCACUUCAAGAGAAAUGAGACAAUGAUUUCGAAACAAGGAAACCUAAUAACAAUGAAAUCGUUCUUCCCUCUGGCCAGAUGAAGAUAGAAGGGAGUAAUUGCCAAGGUUGCUGAGGUGGUCAACACCAAAGAAGACAAAUAUCAUGACCCUAGCAGAUGCCAUAUUUCUGAAUGAAGAGUUUGAAUAUAUUAAAAUGCAACCGACAGAAGAGGAGCUUAAGAUUCCAACAAUCAAUGCAUUGUACCAGUCAAUGAGGAAUAAACCUGUCAAAAGAAGUAGUCUUACUCUGAACCAUGGACUACCAAAACACACACAAAAAAGUGUGUUUUGAUGCAGCUUAUAAAGAUGAUGAAGUUCAUGGAAGUCAAAAUGAUUUUCAAGGUAAACACAAUGAGAGAGAAACUGGAAAUAUGAACCAACAGAAGGGUGAUCAUGCAACAAGUGGUCUGCACAGAUUAAACCAUUUGAUGAAGACAAGAACGCUUGCUGGAAACCAAAUUAGGGAUAGGGUGGUUAUGCGAAAUAUCAUGGCUGCGGUUGUACUACAAUCCAAGAAAAAGCAAAAACUUGAAAGAAGGGUGAAAGUGCUUGAAGAAGGAAUGGAAAGGCUGUUCAAUGGGCAAAAGAAGCAAACUGAGAUGUUGGAGAGAUUAUUGCUUACAAAAAGCACAACAAAUGAAGCAAUCACAAGUAAAGAAGAAGAUAUGGACAUUGAUAAGAAUGACACGCUUCAGAGGAAAGUACAUGAAGAAGUUCAGAAGAAAGUACAUGAAGAAGCUUUCGUGGACGACAUGCCUAGUUUUGACUUGCAUCUCAGUCUAAGUCAGAAGUUCGAUGAAAAAAUCAUGGAAAAGGGAGACAGUGAGGUGGAAAAGGGAGACAGUGAGGUGGAAAAGGGAGACGGUGAGGAUGGUGAAAAGGAAGGUUUAUAUGGUGAGGAUGCACACCUAAAGCACUCACAAGAUGAGAAUGAAGUAGCAAGUGAUGAAGCAGACCCUAUAGGCGCUCAAAAAGACAACAUUAUACUCAGUGAAGAAGUGGUACUCACUCCAGCUCAUGCAAGCAUUAACACAUAGGAGUUGCAAAUGCAUGUAGACAAUGCCAUUGAUAGUGUGAUUAAGGACUUGAAGAACACUAAGAAGGGAAUAGAAGAAGAGUGUUCAUUCAGAAGAAGAAAGGGCUAUACCACAGGAUGGAGAAAGUGUUCACAGUCUAGGGAAGGAAAAGGAUAUUAGAAGGACAAAAAGGAUUGCUAAGAGCCCCAACAGAUACACACAUAAUCCCACAACAGAAAUGAAGAAAAGGAAAGUGCAAAGGGCAAUGAAGAAAAGAAAUGAGAUUGAGAGGUUCGAAAUAAAUGGAAUUGAAGGACCAUUCAGCGAAGAUCCAAAAGAAAUGCCACCUAUGGAAGAGGUAGAGAAAGUAAAAUUGUUUAUCAUGGAGGGGCUGGUAAAGAACCAUGACACUAAUGUCUCAAAGAAAUACAAAAAAAAAGCAUGAUGAGCUAAUGGGAUGCAAAUUUGGAUUGAGGUUGGAUGAUUUUGUUAUAACAACAAAAAUAUGGAUUUAUGACCUCUUCACAAAUACGCAGUGGUUGUCUGAUACUUUUAUUGGGGUGGCAUUUUUCUACUUGGGAGUGAAAAGAAACUAUUAUAAACUCCGAUAAAAAUAUGCCACUACACCCUUUUUUUAUCGGGGUCCUGAAGACGCAAGCUGAAAUGGUGCAAAACUAGAAAACAACAAUGACUGACGUAACAUAUAAUGGCAUGGGCAUCUGCUGAUUUUGUAUACAUGCCAUUGAAUACGUCAAAGCACGGGAUAUUAUUGGUCCUAGACAUUAACGGUAAGCGCAUUAGAUUGUAUGACUCCCUAAAGAAAAGAGGGGAUUCGUUGUCAAUCAUAAGGCCAUACAUACCAUGCUUGGAGUCUUUCUUACCAAAACUGAUGGAGAGAUUUGGAGUUUAUGACAAGCGUCGCGAGGUGGAAAUGGAAAAAGCAAAUUUUCAUAUUGAUAUGGUUAGGGAAUGUCCACAGCGGGACGAUGGGGGUAAUUGUGGCAUGUUUGUCAUCAAGUUUGCUGAAUAUCUAAUGGUGGAUAGAGAUGUGGAAGAAGUUUCAAAGGAAGACACAGAAAUGUACCGACAGAAAAUGAUGACAGAGCUGCUAUUGUAUGUGCAACAUGACACAGUUGAAAGCUCAAACUGAUUUCUAGUAUUACCACAAAGACAGUAGUUCGAAUAAGAUGUAAUGUUCUCAAAGUUU